CAAUGAUGUCCGCCGGAUGUACGGGAUAUGUCACUGCAGAAGUAGGAAAAAUGGCGGCACUAAGUCACGGCCUUGGCGGAACGGCGAGCUUGUCAAAUCUUCGGAGCCUCGAAAAGAGUUUCGAGGACGCCCAGGUGACUGGGAAGUUGAACUUGAGUUGCAGGAAACUAAAGGAGUACCCAAAGAGCGCCAUUUCGUACGAAUUGAGCGACGUUACAUGUGCAGACUUGUCCAAGAACCGUUUCCAGGAGUGGCCGUUAGAAGUUUGUGAUUACACGUCGCUGGAGAAUGUAGAUCUUUAUAACAAUAACAUCAAGGCAGUGCCUGACAUGGCCGUCAACUUACAAUGUUUGACAUGGCUCAACCUCAGUCGGAACCAGUUGACCACCCUUCCCAUCCCCCUAUGUUAUCUCCCACUACAAGUCUUAGUCGUCAGCAACAACAAACUGGUCUCUCUGCCCGAGGACAUCGGCAAGUUGAAAAAGCUCAUGAACUUGGAUGUGAGCUGUAAUGAGAUCAGCACACUACCAUUACAGAUAGGAGAGAUGGAAAGUUUACGAGAACUAAAUAUCAGGAGAAACCACCUACAGACAUUACCAGAAGAGCUGUGUCAGCUGAGAAUAACACGGCUGGACAUCUCCUGUAACAAGGUGACAUCCCUGCCGGCCUGCUACAGACAUCUGCAGACUCUGUGUGAGUUUAUACUGGACAACAAUCCGCUCAUGUCGCCCCCUGCACAGGUCUGUACCAGAGGAAGGGUGCACAUCCUGAAGUGGCUGUGUCAGGAGGCGCACAAGGAGGACAGGAAACGUGAUGUCAUGGAACAGAUCCUGGACGGCAAGCCCGCCAACGAGAGUUUGAAUGGUGAGGGGAGCCCCCAUGUACGGAUGGGCCUGCCCAGUGCAGUGUCCCAGGGGAGUGUGGUCAUGGACUCAGGGUACAACACCGCUUCUGACACCAGCAACAAGAGAUGGUCCACACCAGAGAGUGAAGUGCUAGAAGACGAAGACAAGCUGCUAGAACAGGUCGCGCACCGUACCAAAGAACAGCGCCACCAGCGCGCCGAGGCGUACUACGGGAAAAAGAUCCAGGAAGAGAGGGAAAGAUAUCUGGCGGAAACGGGAGGACUAGGUUCUAAACUUGAGGAGUACAGGGACCAAACACUGGAGAGAAGAGAGGGAAGUUAUUCCACAGCAAUAAGAGACUUUGAAUCGAGAAACUUGCCAGUGCCAAAUGGGCAGGGGGAAGAAGUACACACGGUGGCAACAACAACAACAACAAAGACUGCGGACAUGGGUUUGGAAGGAGGAGAUGAAGAAGAUGAGGAGAGAGAGAAGGAAGAGAGGAGAAGAGCAGCACAGGUGGUUCACAGGGAACAGGAGAAGGUGCUCCGGACCAAGAGAGCGCAGAACAGAAGGUGGAGCGAAACCGCUACUACUAGUUCUGGUCAGACCAGGGAAAGGUCGGCUCCCCUGUCCUCUGCUUCAUUUAAUGAUUCCUAUAGAAGACCCCGACCAGACACCAAUUGGAGGUUGUCAUCUUCCAGCUUUAGACAUGACCGCGAUAGAAACUCCUUAAACCUUGACCUCCGCGCCGAGGGGAAUAGAUGGGACACCAAUGGGCCCAACAAUGACCAGGCCAGCCCGAUGAGGAGUCCCUACAGUAGCCCGGGGCUCAGCCCGGGGACCAGUCCACACGUCAGUCCUGCUGCUAGGAACCAGGAUCCUUCUGAUGAAUUCCGUCUGCGACAAGAGGCGCUGGCGGCCAGAACGAGACACGAGGCCCAGCUGGCCAGGCGACGGUACGAAGAGGAAAGACAGCGUACCAAACAGUUACAGAAAGAUGCCGUCUUAAACUUUGUCAAGCGAACGUCUGGCUCUAAUAUUGGCAGAGAUGACGACAGUCUUUCUGAUGAGGACCCAGAGAGAACUCCAACCAACUCCUAUAACAGUUUCACCAUGCCUUCACUCAAACCCAGAUCAGCGUUCAAUCUGACUUCUCCAAAGAAUAUAGACGACAUGGAUCCCAAUUUCACCAUCAGAAGAAAGUUGGACAUCAUGAGAGAAGAAAUGCAGGCAGUAGAGGAGCUCAGAAGGAAUAUCGAGAGCAGAUUAAAAGUUUCGCUGCCAGACAACCUCGGCACUGCGCUGAUGGAUGGAGUGGUGCUGUGUCAUCUGGCCAACCACGUUCGACCGCGUUCCAUAUCAAGUAUCCAUGUGCCUUCUCCUGCUGUGCCCAAGUUAUCCCUUGCCAAGUGCAGAAGGAAUGUCGAGAACUUCUUAGAAGCGUGUAGGAGGAUAGGUGUCCCUAAUGACAUGCUUUGUCAUGAUGAGGACAUACUGGCACAGCGCAACCUUUCCUAUGUGGGAAUAACGGUGCGGGCUCUGGUAGAUUUCCUUCCGUCGUCGUCAGCACCUGCUCUUGACACCCCUCACUGGUCGCAAAGACUCCCGCUGUUUCCUGUCCGUUCCUCUUGCGAACUGAUUGGGUUCCUCCUCUUCUACUUCUCAUUUAUGUUUCUUUUUAUGUUUGUGUACGUCAGGAUCAGCUAUGCCUCCCACACGACAUCUUAGAGGAAAAGGGCCUGGCACGGGUGGGGGUUACAGUGCAUUCACUGCUUAACUGUGCCGGACAAAAGACUAAACAGACGUCUGCUGUGUGACACCCACCUGUAGUGUAGACACCUGGGGGCAGUCUCAAAACUUCAGCCAGAUUUCUCAACAGAAUCAAUUACUUCUGAGAGGCAAGAAGAGUUUAGGUCAAAAAUGUAUUUUGAAAGUAACAAAUGGAAGCUAUUAUAAGUCCGAGCUGUGCCCUUUACUGACAAAUCUGGCUGAAGUUUUGAGAUGCUCCCCUAGCGUUAGAGACAGGGACUGAAGAACAAUGUGUUGUAUGAGCCACAAAGAGGAACACCGAUGUGAACGAACUGGCAGUGCGUAACAUUCCAUAAGCCCAGAUUGCCACAGUAGACUUUAUGCACAUUUCAAACGCACCAGCACAGCACAUGGAAGCUCCCAGACUUUGCACUUCAACUGCAUGUACGUGUAGAUAAGCAGACACUUUGAGACAGUUGUCAGGAUCAUUUGUUUCUUUACCUGAAGGUGUUCAAAGACAUUGGGUGGGUAUAUAUCAUUAUCACAGCACUCCAUAUGGGCCUGGCAGUAGCACAGUAUUCUAUGUCUUACUUUCCUUUCUGGCAUGUACCAUUCAGUUGUUAUCUUACAAAGACUUUACUUUUUCUUCAGCAUUCUGUCGAUGAGAAAGAAGCAAAGAAUGUUGAAUGAAUUUUACCACACAAAGUUUUGUUUAUUUCAAAAUACAUGUAUGCUUAAAGCGGUGGCAGGUUUAUUUUGUAUGUUGUCUAAUUGGUGAUGUUGGAUAUGUAAUAUACAUCUAUGAAAGAAAAUCCUUGGAUGUGAGGAAAGUGGUAUUUGAUAGAGAAUGAAUUAUGGUGUUUUAACAAUUCAUGUGGAAAAAUGCCAUGGCAUUAGUACUGUACUUAUACUUUCAGUUCUUACAUCUUGCUGCUUGGAGUAAAAGGAUAAGUGCCCAAUAUGCCCCGGCAUUUUUUAUGUCAGCUGAUGCAUUAUUCCAAACAAAAUGUCAGUGUUCCUCUUUGUGGCUUUUCCCCCCGACCCUUCAGGAGCUCAACUUACAAACAUUAUUGUUGCUGAGAAGUGUAGAUAUCUUUUGUAUAUUUGUUCACAUAGACAAGAAGUGCCUAUUGGGUGUGAAAAUAAGACCAUAGAGACAUUUUAAAUAGAUUCCCCACAUCAUAUGUUGCAGAAAUAUACUUGGUCUUUUGUUGUUGUAUUUUUGGUUUAUCUUGUGCCAGGUUCUACAUAUCAGUUGGGGACCAUUUCAUCAAAAGAAUUUUUUUUGUUAGCAAAAUUUUAUUUGUACCAGGGAAUUAAAAGUAGAACAUUACUUGUUGCAUUGGUAGAAGCACUAUAGCUGUUCCUUCUCAUGAAAUGAAAUCUCUGCAUUGAUUACUGUAAGGAUUUUAAGGUAACAACAGUUUGGAAUGGUCCCCAACUAAGUUGAUUAGUAUUGGUUGAAUUUUUGUAUAUAUUUGUACUAUAACUGCUUUGUACACACUUCUAGCAAUUCUUAUAUCCUUGUUAUAGCUUCAUGCACUUGUCGAUGUAAAUCUGAUAUAGAUUGUGACCAUUUGGGGGAGAAACAUUGUACAAUUCAAUAAACAAGUAAAUUUACAAAGACUUAAACCUUUGUAUUAUGAUUGUGAGUAAAUGAGGCUUUACAAAAUUUCAUGUAUUCUACCCCCUUUCUUCCCCCCUUUCCCCUCAGGGUUUACAGUGGCAAGUGCACUCUUUGGAAACCUCUAUGUAUAUUAUUACAUCUUCAUUCUGUACCAUUUGUGUGGUGAUGCCUGUUGUACUUAAUGAUUUCUGUAGGGGUAGAGACAUAUUGUGUAUGUGAAUGUGUAACAGUUCGAUGGCGCAAACCCAAGCUGGACAUUCCUAGGUGGAAAACGUCAAUACAGAAUUAUGUGUAACCACAAAAUGUAGCACAAACCACGAAAAUUAUACGCAAGACAGGAUUGAAAAUGUAGCACAAUACACCAUUCUAAACCAUUCUGAAAUGUGAAUAUUUUAUGCAAAUGAACUGAAUUCCCAUGGCUGUGACCAAUGACCUUGCAGCUAGUCUGUUAUUGUCACAGACACUAGUCUUUAAAACCACUGCCGAAAAGUAUUUAAUGUUUAAAAUAGACAUCCUUGGCCUUCAUUACUAUGCAUUUUAUUUCAUUCACGUUCCUUAUCAGUUUACAUUCAGUGUAACACAUUGUUCUUUGCUGGCGUUCUUCAACACUAUAACAUAGUCCAUUACAGAUAGGCAAGAUACAUUAUAUAUAUUUAUGACUCCCUGUUUCCUUUAAGAUAAGACGUUUCACACUUCUUAUAUUUUCUUCAUUUUGGCUAUCCUGUAACUGAGUAUUGGAGCACAAAUAUGGAUGGUCUGAAUAUCAUGCUAACUGUUAGAGAAAAGUUUUUGAAUUUAUUAAAUAUGUACUGAAAAUUA